AUGGCGUACGUUGACCUCAGCCGGCGAGACAUUAAUGUUCUCGAGAAGAUCAAGGAUCCAGAAUUCGAUCCGUCGCUCUUGGUCCAAGUCGAUCCGUCCCUUCCCAAGGACCCGCACAUUUCCGACCCCAAUGAUUACCAGAAGGUAGCCCAGCAAGAACGCGAUAUCAUCAUGUCCAUCCAGAAGCUCGAGAUGCAGCAGGCGCAGCACAAGUCCAGUGGGGCGACAAAUACCGACAUUGCCGGGGGGUAUCGCGAUUGCGUCUCCAAGCUCGGCCAGCUUAUCCAGCAUCACCCGCAAUAUGCGAGCGCCCGCAACAACAGGGCACAAGCCUUGAGGCGGCUGUACGGAGACUUGAUCCUUGUUGCGGGUGCGCCGGCAAGUUCGCAGGCACUAGUUCAAGAGGUCGACGACACCGAGCGGUUAGAGACGGGCAAGACGAUGCUGUGUGACCUCGACCAUGCCAUCUCGCUUCUCACCCCGAAGGUUGCAUACUCCAGACUAUCUCCACAGGCCGCGAGGGCCUUAUCCAAUGCCCACACCCAGCGCGCCGCCCUGUAUCUUAUGACGUCCAAACUACUCGAAUCGAAAUCGGCUUCGGUACACGCGGACAGGCCAGAGGCUGGCUGGUCGAAAUUGGAGUUCGAGGAGCACGCGUCGCGGGAUUUCGCUAUGGGCGGUAGAUACGGGAAUGAGAUCGCAAAGGGCUUGGCCGUAAGCACGAACCCGACAGCGAAGCUUUGCGGGCAGAUGGUGCGGGAGGCGAUGAAGAAGGAGUACGGGCCGGGUUUGGCAUGA